AUGGGCGGGGGACGCCUGCCAGUUUGCGCAGCAACGGCCACGCGUUGUGGAGGCGUGUCUGGGCCCGCUGGGGCCGAGUGGAGCCGCCGGGGCACACACCCGGACCGCCCCCCUCGCCUGUCAUGUGACCUCCGCUGUCCCACAGGUGGAAUCCGGAGCCCAGAGCCGGUUGAAUUGAAAAUGAACUCCAAAGAUCCUGGGUUGCCUCUUCUUGGGGAGUGGAGCUCAGGUUUCCUUUUCACAACCUAGGGCCAGGGAACCAGGGGCAAGGAUCCUCCACCCCGAGGUACUGAACCCUGUGAGCUCUUCGCUUUCCCUCCGAGCAUGAGACUGCCUGGAAGAGUAGGGGACGCGGCGGAGCUGCGCAAGAGCUUGAAGCCGCUGCUGGAGAAGCGCCGGCGCGCACGGAUCAACCAGAGCCUGAGCCAGCUUAAGGGGCUGGUAUUGCCGUUGCUGGGUGCGGAGACUUCCCGUUAUUCGAAGCUGGAGAAGGCGGACAUCCUGGAAAUGACCGUGCGCUUCCUGCAGGAGCAACCUGCAUCCCCUUACUCCACUGCAGUGUCGGGGCCCUUGGAUAGCUACCUCGAGGGUUACCGAGCCUGUCUGGCGCGCCUGGCCCGCGUGCUGCCCGCCUGCAGCAUCCUGGAGCCGGCUGUGCGGGCGCGCCUGCUGGAGCACCUGCAGCAGAGGACUGUCAGUGGUGGCCCGCCCUCACAGACGCCAACACCCGCCCCUGCUCCAGCUCCCUCUCCGCAGGUGCCUCCUCCCGGCAGCCCUGGCCUAUGGCGGCCCUGGUAGAGUCCUGGAUGUUCCAGGUCAGGGGCCUGGAUGGGCUAGCUGACCAAGGAAGUUCUCGGUGGUGACGGCAUCUCCUUCACUUUGAGAACAGUCUAGCAUCAGCACCCCAGCAAGAAUCUGAUGCUUGUGACCUAUCUGCAUAAUGAAGACCUCAAGGGCUUCGGCUGGAGGGAAAAGAGAGUUUCUGGGCAGGGAGAGAAAGAACAAAUAAAUGUCUGCAGGGUGAGGAAGAAGCCCAGGCUUGGACUCAAUGGUUCUGGCACUGGGCCAGGCAAAGCUGCCUCAUCAGGGACACACCUGCCCUAGUGUGGGCAGUAGACCGAGCUCUGGCCUUAGAGUUCACCGGGCCACCUGCUCUGAUGGGUCGCUGCGUUCCCAGCCACACCUGGAUAUACUUCCAGCUCAGAUGGGCUUGUGAACCUCCCCAUAAACAGAACAUUGACCUGCAAAGCACUGAGCAGGGAAAAGGGACACCUAGGGCUUGGCAGUCACCUCCUCCAUCCUAGGCUUCCCUUCCCAGUGAUCUCUACUGCAGGUGGUGAGGACUUCCUAAUUUAACCCCCCUCAAGCAUUAUUUCUCCCACACAGCAGGCCCGUGGUCUUCAGAAGUGAGGAAAGGGUGAGACAAGUGUGAGGCUUCCCUGUGGCUUUAAGGAAGCUGGUGGCUUUGGAGGAAUGGAACCCAGCACAGACUGCAGAGCUCAAGCCUCGGAACGGCAGGGACCCAGGAGGUAGCAGCAGGUGAAGGAACGUGAACCAGCUUGCCUGUUUUGUUUGUUAGUUAAACCACUCCCUGAACCCAGGCAGUUUGCCUACUAGAAGCAACCUCUUCAGAAGUUAUUUCUCCCAAAUGGAAGCAGGAAGCCUAUGAAGACUCAGGGAAGAGGCUUCAGAUCCCAGGAGUGGGUGCUCCAGAGAAAGUAGGAGAAUUUGAACCAUGGUCAUUCCAAGUCCAUGGGGAUUUGCUGAGCACUGCAGCGAGCCUGCUUCUCCUUCUGCCUGUGCUGGGGACAAGGACACUAAAGCCAAGAAGACUGACCAGGGAAGGGGCAGUCACUGAUCUGCCUUGAGCAUCUGUGGUAAAUCUGGGCACUGAUUUGGGUGGCAGGAGGUCGGGAAGUCGGAGGCAUUCUUAAAAAAGAAAGAAAGAAAAUCAACGUGAAGAUGGCAGGGGCUCCCAGCAGGGCGGUGCUGGGCCUGCCUGCCUAGACUAAUUCUGAGCAGCAGGCUGGACAGAGUACACCUGUGUGUCUGUGAGGCCCUGGGCACACAAUGGUGCUCAAUAAACACGGUGGAUUAAAGGGUUUGAUGUGGCUGACUCACACUGGAUAAACUUUGGACAGCUGGCUUUUGCUCUGACCACCACUCCAUGUUCCUAUCACAGUGGUUCUCAAUCUUCCUAAUGCUGUGACCUUUAAUACAGCUCCCCAUGUGUGGUGACCCCCAACCCUAAAAUUAUUUUCGUUCCUACUUCAUAACUGUAAUUUGGCUACUGUUAUGAACUGUAAUGUAAAUAUCUGUGUUUUCUGAUGGUCUUAGGUGGCCCCUGUGAAAGGAUCAUUCAACCCCCAAAGGGGUUGUGACCCACAGGUUGAGAACUGCUGUCCUAGGUUCACCAGAUGUUUGUCCCACCAGGGCUCGUGUGCAGUCUGUUUUCUUGUUCUUAGUGUAGCCCGUAGAGGCAAAAGAAAACGCAACCUUGGCCCGAGCUCAUCAGAUAGGCUCUGGGCUUCUCCUUGGAUCUAAAGGGACAAGGAGAUCUAUCUGUCGCCACACAUAAGAACUCUCAACACUGGUUUGUUUAUACAGUGAGUCCCACUCCAUCUUUCCCCAUGGAGUGAGGCUCUGUCUCAAAGAUCCAAAACCAAGGGCAGCAGCAGGAAACAAAACAAAACAAAAUCCCUAAAAACCUCAAAACGAGCAGGCACAGUGGUACAAACCUAUAAUCCAACACUGGGAGGAAAUGAGAGUAUCGAGUUCAAGGCUAGCCAGGGCUACCACAGCAUGACCCACCUCAAAAAAGAAAACAAAACGCUCUCAACACGGAUGCUUUAUUUUAUUGAGAUUCACAGUUAUC